CACAGCUCUAUAUGGCUCCAAGAUGGCUGACACAGCGUCCGGUGGUUCCGGCACGGUAACGGCGGCUCCUCGCCGGGACGCGGGGCUGUUGUGGAGGGUGUUUCCCGAGGGGAGAGCCGGGCAGAGCGGCAGCGGUCUGCUCUUCCUAUGGAGCCGGGACGCCUGCGGCCUAGCCCGUGGGGCUUUGAGGCGGAGGCUGAAGGGAGGGAGACGCUGAUUGGCUGAAUGGCCGGAGGGAGGCGGGGCUCGGUAGCGGCGCUUGAUUGGCUCAAAUUCUUCCGCUCGGAUUGGCCGGCGAGGGGGGCAGCGGUCCGCGCUGGUGGUGCCGGCAGCAGCGCGUCUACCUAUCUAUAUGUAUGUGUGCGUAAAUACAUACGUGCGUGUGUAGAUGUAUACGUACAGAUCUGUGUGUACAUGUGUGUAUACUUAUGUACCUACGUGCGUAUGCAUAUGCACGCGUGUGCCUGUGUGUGCGUACGCGUGCAGUGGGGGACAGGCAGGGCCGGCCCCUGCCCUUUGAGCGCAGGCAGCGCGCAGGCAGCGCGCAGGCAGCCCUGCCUUCAGCCCUCCGGUGUGUCACAGAGCCCGUGGCAGGAUCAGCACCCUCGCCCUUCCCGGUCCCGGCUCCUGGGGCAGGCAGAGCUCAGGCCUCGCCGCUCCCCCCUCCCGGGGUCUGGAGGUGGCUUCGUUUCUCUGAGGUCUUGUUUCGGGGGGCUUGGGGCUGGCGGGGGGGUGUCUCUGUCCGCAGAGGUCGGGCAGCAAGCAUGCAACCACGCCGGCGGAUAACUACUACCUGGCUCGGAGGAGGACUCUGCAAGUGGUGGUCAGCUCCUUGCUGACCGAAGCUGGCUUCGAGAGCGCUGAAAAGGCCGCGGUGGAGACGCUGACGGAGAUGUUACAAAGCUAUAUUUCUGAAAUUGGAAGGAGCGCAAAGUCCUACUGUGAACAUACAGCCAGAACACAGCCUACGCUCUCUGAUAUAGUGGUUACUCUGGUGGAAAUGGGGUUCAAUGUUGAAACGCUUCCUGCAUAUGCCAAGCGCUCUCAGAGGAUGGUCAUCACUGCCCCUCCUGUGACAAACCAGCCAGUGACUCCCAAAGCCCUGACAGCUGGACAGAACAAGCCACAUCCGUCCCACAUUCCUGGCCAUUUCCCUGAGUUUCCAGAUCCUCACACUUACAUCAAGACACCAACGUACCGGGAGCCAGUAUCUGAUUAUCAAGUCCUUCGGGAAAAAGCAGCAUCUCAACGGCGCGAUGUAGAAAGAGCUCUCACACGUUUCAUGGCUAAGACAGGAGAAACGCAGAGUCUCUUCAAAGAUGACGUUAGCACAUUCCCAUUGAUUGCUGCCAGGCCUUUCACUGUACCCUACCUGACAGCUCUUCUCCCCUCUGAGCUGGAAAUGCAGCAAAUGGAAGAAACAGAUUCAUCAGAGCAAGACGACCAGACAGACACUGAGAACCUCCCCCUGCACAUGAGCACGGAUGAUUCAGGACCCGAAAAGGAGAACGCUUCAGUGUUACAGCAGAACACUUCCCUGUCAGGCAGUCGGAACGGGGAAGAAAAUGUGAUAGACAAUCCCUACCUCCGGCCAGUGAAAAAGCCCAAGAUCCGCAGAAAGAAGUGAGGUGUAGCCAGCUGGCUGCUCAGAGGAAGAGAAACCCAAGGGGUUCACCUCAGCUGCUGUGGGUGAGAGGCAUGGAGCAAGACAGGAGAGGCAAUCCAGCUGAGUGGCAGAAGCAGAAGAAUGAUCUCUCUCUGCCUAGUGAACUACACUCUCAUCCUGGUUUGCAAUACUCCCUGUUUCCCCUCUGUUCUCCUGCUGACUUGGAACGGUCAAUGGUCAAUUGCCUUAGAAGCGCUGAAGGCCACCAGGUUACAGAUGGGAAUUGUCUCGUUUGCUUUGGUUUGUUCUCACUGUCAGCAGGAUUUACUCUCUGAAGAGAUGGGAGACACGAAGGUUCUUGCUGCUCAGUGCUUCCCAGCAGGCUCUGCAGAAUAGAAAGGCAUAAUUUGUUUGUGGCUGUCUGGCAGGCUAGAAAAGAAACUUCUGCAAUCAACCCUGCCUGGCCUUAUAAUCUAAGAAGCAUGUAUUAACAGAGACAGAAAAAUCCCAGAGAGGUUUCUUUCUUUGGAUUCUUGGCAGGUAAAAGCAAACAGACUUUUCUUUUAUAAACUAAAGGCGUCUGAUGUGUUGGUAAGAGAGUGAAGUGUAAAUACAGAGCUAAGAUGGCAUUUUAUUCUCACUUUUCUGACUGCAGCUGCACGUCUAACUUAAAAGCGCUAAGUGUGGUGUUUACCCUGUACUGCUUUGAGAUUAUUUUCUAGCAGUAUGAAUAGCAAGAUUUAACAGCUGCUUCAGGCUAUUUUUCAGUUCUAUUGUUAGUUUCAACACAGCACAACUCCUUUGAGAGUUCACACCUUCACCAGCUGUUUUGAAAGAUGCUGUGCUGAAAAACUUGGAAUAUGGAAUAAAGCUGUAUUGAUUGCAGUCCGCAAGGCCGUGCUAUUGAUCGCACUUUUUUAUGUUGUCCAUUUUCAAAUAUGGGCUUUUAUCAGCAGAAGCUGCGCUUUUUUCCCCUUUAUUUCCCCAGAGCAGGAGACUUUAUUUCAGCAGUGAAAAUAACUGGUGAUGGGUCUAUUGGAAUUGUUAGCUGGUUCUGGAGGGCUUUGCUUUAAUUUUCAUUCAGCCUUUACUUAGGCAAAAUAUGGGUUAAAUUUAUUUGACAAAAGACUCCUGUAGUUUGGUCCAGUCUCCCAAGCAUCUCUUCUGGAUGAAAAUGUGGUGCUGGGUGAGGCAGCAAAGACUGCCUGCUACAGACUGCCAAGCAGGUCAUGGUUUCCUAGAGUAGCAGCUGAAUGCAAGAAGUCUGUUGCAGUUACCAGGGAGAUCAGCGUUAUGUGUGUACCUGUUCACCUCUCUGUUUAGUGAAGGCAUCCUCCCAGGCCUCCCUCUUCCCCUGUCACCAAGGGAGGAGGAAGGUAUAAAGGAGGAAUUGUGUCAGUGAGAACAGAGAUAUUCCCGCCAAUCAAUCUGAAAUUACAUCUCUAGCAAAAAAGUCCUGCAUGUGCCAUUGUCACUUGCUGGUGCCUUGGUUGUACAGAAUAACAAAUGUACAGAGACAUUGU